AUGCGUGAAUGUAUAAGUAUUCAUGUUGGUCAAGCCGGUACUCAAAUCGGUAAUGCUUGCUGGGAACUUUAUUGUCUUGAACAUGGUAUUGAACCAGAUGGAACAUUUUGCAAAGACCGUGAUAGUAGUCAUAUUAUCAAAUCUGUCUCAGAUUCCAAAGAAACUUCAUUCAGUACAUUCUUUAGUGAAACAGGUACUGGACGAUAUGUACCUCGAGCUGUUUUCGUUGAUCUUGAGCCAACAGUUAUCGACGAAAUUCGUCGAGGACCAUAUGCUAAAUUGUUUCAUCCUGAACAAUUAAUUUCUGGCAAAGAAGAUGCCGCAAAUAAUUAUGCUCGUGGUCAUUAUACAGUUGGCAAAGAAAUUAUUGAUACUGUACUUGAAAAAUUACGUAAAAUUGCAGAUCAAUGUACAGGUUUACAAGGAUUUCUUGUCUUUCAUAGUUUUGGAGGCGGUACAGGAUCAGGUUUUACAUCGUUACUAAUGGAACGAUUGAGUUUGGAUUAUGGUAAAAAAUCUAAACUUGAAUUUGCUAUUUAUCCAGCUCCUCAGGUUUCCACUGCUGUUGUUGAACCAUACAAUUCAAUUUUAACAACACAUUGCACUUUAGAACAUACUGAUUGUGCUUUUAUGGUUGAUAAUGAGGCUAUUUAUGAUAUCUGUCGUCGUAAUUUAAAUGUCGAACGUCCAUCUUAUAAUAAUUUAAAUCGAUUAAUCGCACAAAUCGUUUCAUCUAUAACAGCAUCACUUCGUUUUGACGGCGCACUAAAUGUUGAUUUAACAGAAUUUCAAACAAAUCUCGUACCUUAUCCACGUAUACAUUUUCCUCUUGUUACCUAUGCACCUAUUUGCAGUGCUGAAAAAGCUUCCCAUGAACAAUUUAGUGUUCAAGAUAUAACAAAUGCUUGUUUCGAGCCAGUUAAUCAAAUGGUUAAAUGUGAUCCACGCAAUGGAAAAUAUAUGGCUUGUUGUUUACUUUAUCGUGGUGAUGUGGUACCGAAAGAUGUUAAUACUGCUAUAUCAGCUAUCAAAACAAAACGAUCCAUCCAAUUUGUUGAUUGGUGUCCAACUGGUUUUAAAGUCGGCAUCAACUAUCAACCUCCGAUUGCUGUGCCAGGUGGUGAUGUAGCUAAAGUUCCUCGAGCUGUUUGCAUGAUAUCCAAUACAACUGCUAUUGCAGAAGCUUGGGCACGUCUCGAUCAUAAAUUUGAUUUGAUGUAUGCAAAACGAGCUUUUGUACAUUGGUAUGUUGGCGAAGGUAUGGAAGAAGGUGAAUUCACCGAAGCUCGAGAAGAUUUAGCUUCACUGGAAAAAGAUUACGCUGAAGUUGGCUCUGAUACAGCUCAAGCCGAUGCUGGUCAUGAUGGUGAAGAAUAUUAA